AUGCAAUUCUUAACUACUUCCGCUAUUUUAGCCCUCGCUGUUGCUGUCGCUGCUGACCAAACUUUCACUCUUACUGCUUCCGGUGAUGGUGUAAGUGGACCAGUUACCUUCAAUGGACAAUACCUUGGUCUUAACAACGGUGCUGCAGCUGCCACUUUGACCCUUCAAGAACCUUCUGGUUAUUUGACUGACGGUGGAUCUUCUUACUUCCACCUUGCUUCUCCAGCUCCUUACUACAUUGCACCAGGUACCGAAGGUGAAGCUUCCAAGGAUUGGGGUUUCAAUGGUAGUGCCUUCAGAUUUGGUCCAUCUAUUGACAGUGAAGACUUCUACGCAUGUCAGGCUGACUCUGGUUACUACAUUUCCGCUAUCAGAUGUGAUGGUGGUAUUCAAGUUAGCUUAACCAAUGGUGGUGCUGCUCCAGCUGAAUCAUCAUCAUCAUCUGCUCCAGUUUCUUCAAGUGCUCCAGCACCAGCUUCAUCUGCAGCUUCCACCAGCGUUCCAGCUUCUGACACUUCCGCUAUUAGUAGUGCUCCAGUUUCCCACACCAGUUCUGCAACUGCCGUCACUACUUCUGCAGCUUCUUCAAAUGGUACUGAAACCGUUACCAACCAUUCUUUCACCACUUCCACAGUUUGUGAUUCAUGUACCCAAACACAUGCUACCGUUACUUCAAUUGCCGGCGGUAACAAAUUAACCGUUGGUGUUGCCGGUAUUGCUGCUGUUGCUGCCCUUAUGAUCUAG